GUGGUGGUGCUUGAAUGCUUGCUUGUAUGCUUGCCUGCUUGCCUGCUUGCCUGCUUGCCUUUCAAUGCUUUUUCCCCUCCGCCCCAGUUUUCCUUGAUCAUCGUCUUUCGAUCCUCGAAACAAUCUACCGGUAGUUACAAUUUACACCCCCAAUACCUGGUGUACCAUCAGUGGCUAUCUUUCAACGACUCCAACGCCUUGAACUUAUUAAACAUCUAAACAUCCUAGACUGACAGAUGUCAAUACGUCUUGUUUCUUUUUCCAUCUAAAUCAUAUAUUUCAAUCCUUUUUCUCCGCUGCUACCGGUAUCUCUAUAUUCCACCAUCAAGUCAGUUUGACUAUCCCUUCUGUUUUACAUGCUUAUUCCUAGCACGCACUUUUAUUCUUCGCCAACUUCGUACUCAAACUUGUGACCGAGGUAUAAUCGGAGGAAUAAAGCUUGUUCUAGCUUGUCUCAUCGGAGCUGUUACCGAGUUGUAACUUCGUGUAUGAGUUUCACAUCUAAAGCACAGCCAUUUGUCAAUAUCGCAUGGGUUUUAGAGCCUCGUCCCAUAUAUUGUUUACUGUAUAUUCACAUCAACUUGUUCAUUUCUUCGAAUUUCCUCUUUUCGAAACUUUGACAGAGAAAUUGGAUGAUCGAUUGUGAACCGGAAGGAAUAAAAGUAUUCAAUUAAACCUAUUGUCAUAUCAAGGGUUCAUCUUGUCAAAGGAUAGACGAAAAAGUCAAGGUAUAUCAAGAUGGUAUACUGUGGCAAGCCUUCACGGGGCUGCCAGAUGUGCAGAACUCGAAGGAUAAAGUGUGAUGAAACCAAACCUACUUGCAACCAGUGUCAGAAAUCAAGACGACAAUGUCCAGGAUACAAGGAUGACUUCGAUCUUGUCUUCCGUAAUGAGACAAAAGCUACAGAAAGACGAGCACGACGAUCAUUAAAGAACAAGAGGGGCAGCAAUAACAAUACCCAGAUCGGACCGGUAAAUAGAAGUGAUGCAAGUCGCAAGUUUUCAAUUAUGUCUAACUCAAGUUCCUCCGAUGCCGAGUUGAUGUAUUCAACGACUGGAAUGGAUCUGGCCAAGAUUGAACCCGACGGCAAUGAUGCUUCAUCCUCAGAUGCCCUAGGAUUACAAGUGGCCUUCGCCAGCCCUAUCGAGCAACAGGCACCAUGUUAUUUCAUGUCAAAUUUCGUCAUUAUACCACAAAGCGGACAAGCACGAGGCUCGUUUGACUGGGUAUUGCCAUUAAUCAAGACGGAAGCUUCUGACUCGGCGUUGUCACUUUCCUUCCAAGCUGUGGCUAUGGCUUCUUUAGCAAACAGACCAAAUGCAAGAGGAAGCAAUUUAAUGCAUUUAGCUAUUGAGAAUUACGCCAAGGCCUUGAAGGUUGUUAAUUUGGCGCUACAAAAUUCAGUACAACAAAAAGCCGAUCAGACGUUAGCUUCGAUUAUAUUACUGGGAUUCUUCGAAACCAUCACUCAAGAGAAAGCGAGUAUCACGGCUUGGGGAUCGCAUAUCGAUGGAGCUGUACAAAUAGUGAAGAUGAGAGGCAAAAAACAGUUAAGGACGAAAGUCGGUGUUGCUUUAUUUCAAACUGUUCGCGGACAAAUGCUUGUCAACUGUCUAUCUUCAUCCAAAACCCCCAUGCUAGGCGCCGACUGGUGGUGCGCUGAUGCUCAGAAAGAUGAAGGGGCUGCCUUUGUGAACAGAUUAAACCUUCAAGUAGCCGAACUGCGUGGUGAUCUGAACAGAAUUCUAAUGUCACAUCCCCGGUCACCGGAGACUACCGAAUUGGUGAAUGAGAUUAUGCAUCGUGCUCUAGAACUAGAGCAAGAGUAUCAAAGAUGGGAAGAAACGCAAACAAAACAAACGGUAGCAUGGGUAGAUAAUAUUCCUGGGGGUGAUAUUACAAAAGCCGAUGUAUGUCCUGGACGAGUUGACCUUUACGCCGAUGUGUUUGUCUGCUCAUCAUGGAAUUUCUCCCGCGUAUCAAGGAUAUUCAUCGCUGCAAUAAUCAUCCGUUGUGCAGCAUGGACAUGCUAUCCCGUCGACUACCGAACCACGCCGGAGUACGCGCAAAUGUCGAGGUUGGGUCAGGAAAUGAUUUCUGAUAUUAUUGCUUCUGUUCCUUUUAUGUUUGGGUGGCAUUUAGAUGCCGAGGGAAGAUUGAAACCGGGAGAUCCGAUGAGUGGCAACGAUGCUACUGGUGUUAAGGCAUUGGGAGGGGUUUAUACAAUCUGGCCGCUGUUAUCAGUUAGCUGUAGUGAUUUUACGACGGAUUCGCAGAGAUUGUGGGUUAAGGGGCGAUUCAAAUUCAUUUCGGAAGUCAUGGGCUUAAAUCAGGCGAAGGUUGUUAGUUGUCUCCAACUCCGUCUUCCAUCCAUGAUCGUCCGUCGCGAUAACAUGGGCUACGCACCACCGAACGCGACAAACUCUGUUAGACCUCCAGGUAAUCCGGCAAUUAUGCCCACGCUCCCCCCUUCCAUUUCGGCACUCAAUUUUCAACAACGAGAAGCUAUGAAGAGGGAAAUGUGGGAAAGGGAACGGAAGGCUGCGAUAGAGAAGGCGAGAGAGGAACAGCAGCAGCAGCAGCAACAACAAAAACAAGAACAAGAACAACAACAUUUGGGGAGAGGCGUGCUGGAGACUAGUAGUGGAAAUGUAGGGGGAGUGGGGUUAAAUGGGAUAGGAGCAAUGAAUGGAAAUGGGUUGAGUAGUAGUGUCAUGCUUCAAUAUCAACAGAGUAAAUAUGGGUUGGGCUUGAAUGGGAAUGGGGCCGGAAAUUCAAAUGCGAUGCAGAAAACAGGAGAUUUGGGUUGGAAAAUUAGUAAUGAGCAGGGAAAGAAAUACGCGUGGUUGGAGGGAUUGGGAUGGUGGGAGACGACGGUUUGAUGGGAGGAUUUGGGUAGAGCGAGGCUUUGAAUAGGGGUGGUUUUUUUUGGAGGUGCUUGGUACUAUGUUUUGUAAUGGAGCUGGGGUGGGAAUGGGAAUGGGAUGGUUUUGGAAUGGGAUGGGAUGGAAGGGUAUGGAGCGUACUGGUUGGUUGAGUUUGGAUUUGAAUUUUGGUCACGGAAAGGAAAGGAAAGGAGAGGCAAGGAGAGGCAAGGAAGGGAAUGGAAAGGAAUGGUCCUCGGGAAAGGCGUAUACUGUUGUUCACUCUUGUACAUCUUGUACAUCUCUGUCUAUAACUCUACAUCUACAAGUCAGCCCGCAAGAAGAAGAAAAAACUCGGGGUGGGAUGGGUGUGUUUUGGUGUUUAUGGUGUUAGCAUAGGGUAGGGAAGGGCUUGGAUUUGUUAUAUAUAUAUAGGUAAAAUGCAUAUACAGUAUCUUAUCUUAUAUUAUAUAGAUACUCGAGAGGAAGGAAGGAAGGGGGUGUUGUGAAUAAAGGAUUAUAAUCAUCGCAAAUAAAAUCA